UAUCCACCACACACACAGCCACACGCAUUAGGAGUGCAGGAAGCAACCAGACUGACAGAGGAACCUUCCCCUGGAGGAGCACAAGUACACUGAGACGAAGGACAGGAGCGAAGAUGAGAUAUGGAGCACAAUCUAAAGAACUGAUUCUCAACAUUAAAGCAUACAGAGAGGACGACAUUGCAUCAACAUUUUUUGAGUGAUUUUUUUUUUUACUCAAGAAUUCAUAACUAGCUUUAACAGAGGAAUUUAGAAGAUAUCACCAGAUGUUUAAAUCGGGUCCAUCACACAUGCUUGGUGAUCAUUUCCAUUCUCUAUCUGAUUUCAUCGUUUCUGUCGCCAGGAGGACAGACAGGAGCAGGUGGCAUCAUGCCCACUCCAGUCAAGUCGUCUGUAGACGGUGUGACGUGUGACUCAGGGGAGCUGGAGCAGGUGGAGAGGACACUUCCUGCAGGUCUGGGGAAAGUGCCCAGAAAUUUAGUGAGAAACUUUCCACACACUAAACGUGUGGGAAGCUACCUGGUGGGCAAAAUGAUCAACAAGGGCUCUUUUGCUAAGGUGAUGGAAGGUAUGCAUAUCGGGACAGGAGAGAAGGUGGCCAUUAAAGUAAUCGAUAAGAAGAAGGCAAGGCAGGACGCAUAUGUGUUAAAAAAUAUGAAACGUGAGCCAAGGAUCCACCAGAUGAUUCGUCACCCCAACAUUGUCCUUCUGCUGGAGACCCUGGAGACAGAAAACUGCUAUUACAUGGCCAUGGAGCUGUGCGCCGGAGGAGACCUGAUGGACAGAAUCUGUGAACGCAAACGGCUGGAUGAAAGGGAGGUCCGCCGAUACACGCGGCAGAUCCUGUCCGCUGUCGAUCAUCUGCAUGCACACGGCAUAGUGCACAGGGACCUGAAAAUUGAGAACUUUCUACUGGACGAACAGAAGAAUAUUAAGAUAGUUGACUUUGGUCUAAGUAACACUCUGAAGCCUGACUCUCUCUCCCCGGAGUUGUUAAACACUCAGUGUGGAAGUCCAGCGUACGCUGCCCCAGAGCUUCUUGCACACAAGAAAUAUGGACCGAAAGUGGAUGUGUGGUCUGUGGGUGUGAGUAUGUUUGCCAUGAUGACCGGUACUCUUCCCUUCACGGUAGAGCCAUUCAACAUAAAGCAACUUCAUCAAAAAAUGAUUAAUGGAGAAAUCAGCGCAAUCCCAUCUGACAUUAGUAAAGGGGCGGUGCAGUUUGUUUUGUCUCUGCUGGAGCCAGACCCAAUGAAGAGGCCAUGUGUUAAAGCAGCCCUUGAGGAGAGCUGGCUUAAUGAGGGCUACACUAAAAGACCCGUACACACCGUGGUCUACAAGAACAGACUGCAUCCAGAAGAGCUUAACUCAGCUGUGUUGAACUUCAUGACUGAGGCUCUUGGCUAUGGCCUCUCAGACAUCAUACACACAGUGAUCAACAACAAACCUUCCACCAUCUUAGCUACAUACCAACUCCUGUUAAAAAAACUAAGCAGGCACCAGAAAGGAUCCAAGAACAUGAAGAAGCUGGAAUCCAGUGAGUGGAACCUUCGAAAUAAACCUGUGUGGAAUGAGACAAGCAACACUUCCGAGAGGAAUCAGCAACAGAUUGAGGCUAAUGAAAAGAGCCAGAGGCAGUCGAGCAAGACAAAGAGGAUCCCAUCUUAUGACAGAGAUUUUCUGAUGCGGAGGCCAGAUGAGGUGAUCAGACAGAAACAGUUGAACUCUGAUCAAAGAGCUUCCCCCACCAGUUACCCUGCAGACGUCUUUGCCAAAAACGAUGCUGCAAUCAACAUGGAAACAAGAGAAUGCCUGUUUCCUGAAGUUCCAGUGCUCAGUGAGAGGGAACCGGUUCUUACGUCACCCCCCAAAUGCCACUGCAGAGCAGGAAGCAGCUCAAAGCUUUGCAAUUGCACUUCUUGUGAUGCACCAAUCAUUCUGGAAAGUAAAAAAGACUCCAGCAAAGCAUCACCCAAAGCUUAUGAGCUAAGACCAACACACUCUGAGAACUGUUCGAGAGAUGAUCCUGCAUACCGACAUGAUGACAAAUUGGAGAAGAUACAGCUGUUUUACUCUGAAAAAGUGGUAUCACCCAGAAUGCAUGUAGACAGUAAAGCAGGCCAGCGUUUCAAGGAACUUUUACUGGCCAUUGAGGAAAAGACUCACACUGCUCGUCACCUGAGCACCCUGGAAUCCUCCUUGCAAACUGUCCCAUUACCACGGUUACGUCACCGAACUCUCAAAGACAUCUCUCCGAGAAAAGUGGUGUGGACAGGGCUUAAACAUCACACUGGGCCAUCCACAGGAUCCUCCCCAUUUCUGGUAAAUGGCUCAAAACCACCAGUGUUUUUAUCCCAAAGGCAGCAGGCUCUGGUUAUCAAGAGUCUGAGGCAUGCAAAAGAAAAAAGGAAUACCGGACCAGGUGGAGGAAGAACAAUGGGCAUCCCAGAGAACACAUUAAAAACCCAGCAAUUUGUGCCGGUACAGACCAGCCAGCGCAGAGACACAGAACUAAACCUGCCCAUGCUCCAUUCCACUUUCCAGAGCAAGGAAAAGAAAACUGAAUGUCUCCGAUUGGAUUUUAAUUGAAAAGUUGUGAUAAGUGAUGGAGACAAUAAAAAAAUGUUA